AUGGGAUCUUGCCUAAAAAAGCAAGGAAAAAGCAUGAGAAUAUCUCAAGAGCAUUACACUAUUGAAACCUCAAUAAGAAAGCAUGAUUCAGCUCAUGACUCUCUAAGAUAUGUUUUUUUACAAAAAAGUGAACUUUAUAUAGAUAUUCACCUAGAUUUUGAGUUUACCAAAGUUCUUGGCCACGGAAAAUACGGAAACGUGAAUUACGCUAAAAGUAAGGAUCCACUUAUUAAGCAAGAAUUUGCUGUAAAAAGUCUUAUUAAGCCUAUGAUUGAAGAUAAAAUGUAUACAAUUCAUCGAGAACUUGAGAUUCUGCUUUCUGUUGACCAUCCAAAUAUAGUAUCGUUAUUUGCAGAUUUUUGAACUUUACCACCUAAGUGUGGAAUUUUUUCCGCGUGUGAAAAGAGGAUUCCACAUGUGAAAUCAAAAGGCUCCACAGGUGAAAAAACACCUUUUCACACGCGGAAAAAAUUCCACACUUAGGUGGUAAAGUUCAAAAAUCUGCAAAUAACGAUAAAAUUUUUUUACGCGUAUGAAGAUCCAAAGUUCAUUCAUAUAGUAACUGAGUAUUGCUCAGGCGGAGAUUUGCUUUCUAAGCUGUGCCAGGUCGGGAAAUUCUCUGAAGUAGAGACUGCUACUAUAAUCAAAAAAUUACUUGGCGCACUGAACCAUUUGCAUGGGAUGGAUAUUUGCCAUAGGGAUAUAAAGCUUGAUAAUAUACUUCUUGCUUCAGAAGAUUCUGUGUCAAAUAUAAAGCUAAUUGAUUUUGAUUUUGCUAAAAGAAUUGACAAUCUUCACCUUGACAUGAACACAAUUGUAGGAACUUUGCAUUUUAUUGCCCCAGAAGUCUUUGAUAGAGUAUGUGGCACAUCUGCAGAUUUGUGAAGUCUCGGCAUCGUUAUGUAUGUUCUGCUUGUCGGGAAGCCGCCAUAUAGAAUUGACAGUGAAAGUGAAGUCCUUGUGCAAAUAAAAAAUAGAGAACUGGAUUUUAAUGAUGAAGAGUAUCAAAGAAUAAGCCCACUUGCCAAAGAUUUAUUAUCAAAACUACUAGACACUGAUUAUAAUAAAAGAAUUACAGCUAGAGAAGCUCUAAAACACCCAUGGUUUGUUACAGUGAACCAAAAAUCAAAUGACUGUAAUAACGAAAGAAUCUUAAAAAGACUGAGACAAUACCAAGUAAAAGGAAGAUUGAAGAAAGAAAUAAUGAAAAUCAUUGUGAGGAUUCUGGAGCCAGAGGAUAUUCAGAACUUAAAAGAAGUCUUUGAAAAUUUAGACACUGGCCAUAAUGGAUAUAUCACUUAUAAAGACUUAGAAAAAGGCUUAAGCACGAUUGGGGUAACUGAUGCUUCUGAGAUUGAGCGUAUUUUUUAAUUAGAAAUUUGAAGUUGUGCAGAAACAACUAUAAAAGGCAGACUAAGAUACUCUGAUUUUCUUGCAGCAACACUUAAUAGGAAAUCUGCGCUCACAGAAUCUACUCUGUGGGCUGCAUUUAAAUACUUCGACUAUGACAACUCUGGGAAAAUGACCCCAGUAAAUAUAUAUUCUGCACUGAAAAGAGCAGGAGUAGAUAUAACAGAUGAAGAUCUAGAAAUGAUGCUAAAAGAAGAAGGUAUACCUUAAUCCCUUAAUUAUCCUAAUAUUUAUCAAAGAGCCUAAUGCAUAUAGGCAAAAUAAAGUAAAAAUCUAUAUUUUGUUGACUCAAAAUAUUGACUUUUCAGAAUUCAAAAAAAUUGUCCUUCGUAAUCUUUAUAUAGCUGUUGAAAAUUUUAUAAGAAAAACUUCUUUGCAGUCUAAACGAAGUAUUGGGGCUUCUGGUCUUGAAUGGAACGGGUUCAGCUUCAUGUAA